AAGAAGAGCGAGGAGGAGAAAGAAGUACCUCUUGACUUUUGAUCAACAAAUACUCUUGUUUCAACAAAGAUUAUCAAGUUAUUUUCCAAGAAUGGAUGAUAAUGUUGGGAGUGCUGGUGCUGCAGAUGAUGAUGGCUGCAUCAAAGAGCAAGACCGGUUAUUGCCAAUAGCCAACGUUGGGCGGAUCAUGAAGCAGACUUUGCCUCCAAAUGCAAAAAUCUCCAAGGAAGCCAAGGAAACUAUGCAAGAAUGUGUUUCUGAGUUCAUUAGCUUUGUCACUAGUGAAGCAUCUGAGAAGUGCAAAAAGGAAAGGCGCAAGACUGUGAAUGGAGACGAUAUCUGCUGGGCUAUGGGAACUCUGGGAUUUGAUGAUUAUACCGGGCCACUUAGAAGAUACUUGCAAAGGUAUAGAGAGAUUGAAGGAGACAGAGUAAAUCAAGAGAAGGCAAGCAAUAGCAAUACUGAAGACAAGGAGGAACAAUCUUCUUAUGGAACUAACCAGCAAAGAAAUCAAGCUGUAGAUCCAACUCUAUCCAGGUUUAACUUCAUAGACAGGAGUAAUAGCUCCAGUUCAAGGCCAUUCAAUUGAGGAUUUUGAGUAGGUUCGACACCAACACAGUGAUCUCUAGCUUUAACCAUGAUUUAUAUACUUUUGAACAAGAUCAAUUAUAUGGCCUAUUUGCAAUUUUGAAUUGGUACUUCGAUUCCAUGUACCUGGUAUCUUCCUGUCAUAGAUUUAGGCGUUUUGCCAUGAACUCCCAUAUUUAUGUAGCUAAAAAUUCAAUCCCAGCUUGUGUUUAGGAAUUAGGUGUGGAAAAGUUUCAAGCUUCUGAUAAAAUAUUAAUGAUUUC